AUGAGUCCUACUUGUACUCUUGAUAAGGAUGAGACAGGAAAACCUGUUGAUGAAACUAAUUAUCGCGGUAUGAUUGGAUCGUUGCUUUACCUAAAUGCUAGUCGACCAGAUAUUAUGUUCAGUAUAUGCAGGUGUGCUAGAUUCCAAGCUGCUCCAAAGGAAUCUCAUCUUACUGCUCUCAAGCGUAUUAUUAGAUACCUUCAUGGAACAACUAACUAUGGUUUAUGGUAUCCUAACUCUAACAAUUUUACACUUGAAGUUUUUUCAGACGCAGACUUUGCAAGUGAUAAAGAGGAUAGAAAAAGUACCAGUGGUACUUGCCAACUUCUAGGAAAAUCUCUUAUUUCCUGGAAUAGCAAAAAACAGGGAUUAGUCUCUCUCUCUACCACUAAGGCUGAAUACAUUGCUGUUGGUCAAUGUUGCACACAGUUAAUUUGGAUGUCUUAUCAAUUAAGUGAUUAUGACUUGUUUUUUAAACCUAUAAAGAUUUUCUGUGAUAAUUCGAGUGCUAUCUGUCUGUCCAAAAAUCAUGUGCAUCAUUCUAGGGCCAAGCAUAUAGAUAUUAAACAUCAUUUUAUCAUAAAUUACGUUGCUCAGGGAGAUUUUGAAAUAGUUUUUGUUUACACCGAAAACCAGCUUGUUGAUAUUUUUACUAAACCUCUUCUUGAAGAACGUUUCUGCAUGCUAAGAAAAUCUUUGGGAAUUAUUGAUCAAUCUGUCUAA